AUGCGGCGGCAGUUGAAGUGCGUCGUCGGCCUACUUCUCCUGCUGGCCGCGCUCAGCCCCGUCGCCGUCGUCGCUACCGCGCGCAGAGAGCUGCCACUAAUGGCGGCCAUCGGCGAUGACGAAGGGCGGCAAGACAUGAACAGCUCAGGAACUGCGGCGACGGCGACGGCAACGGCGGAGGGCGGGGAGGAUGCGACCGCCAGGAGGAGGAAGGAUGAUGAAGUGGUGAAGACGAACAACCGCCGUUUCAGAAGAACCAGCAGCUGGAAGCAGAUGCCUGCUUCGCCGCCGCAGUUUAGCUUCGGUGGCCGGAUACCCUUCACCGCCGACUACCACUCCGUCCACAGGCACCCGUCCACGCAUAACUAG